UUUUCUAAAAGGGAAAGGACAUUGGGCAAAUAUCUCCUUUUCAUUCCGUAUAGAGAAUGACAAGGAUACGCUGUUGUCAAAUUUAAGUUUAAAUUUAGAGAAUCGUGUCAGAAUUGACACCAGUAUAUUAUUACUUUCACAUCCAGUUUUCUUUGUUGAAAAUUUAAAAUGUCUCUUCAAAUAUUAAGUAAUGUAUCUGUGAGUCACUGUGAUCGUUGUGUGGUCCAAGUUGACACAAGAAUGUUGAAGAUAAAGAGAAAUUAUUCUCUUUAGAACUCGUAUUACAGAAAUUAAGCAAAGGCCUUACAAAAAUAACCCAGUAGAAGAGAAUGACUCAGUUGGUCGGCACAAUGAUUCACUGUUACGAAAAAAAAUACGUCUCAAAAUCAAAACAGCUUUGCAUUUAUAAAGUAAAAGACAAACUUAACCUUGUAAUCGAACUUUACUCCGGCCAAUUCAUUGCACAUGCCUUCUGUAUGUUUUAAAUUUUAGUGAGUAUCGGACUGCUGUAUUUUCUCUCUAAAAUUCGACAUCUGUUGGAGCCAAUAAUAAACUUUCAAACAUUCGCACCUGCGUCCGUUCCUCUCGCACGUGCUUACUCUUCCAGCUGUUGCUUCGGCGCAUACCUAUUGACCAAUUUCACCUCAAUGACUGCAGCUCGUGCUAUAUGAAAGUUAAUAAGUUAUUAUGUAUUUAAUUUUAGAGAAUUUUCAUAACUUAUAAGCAAUAACUGGUCCGUAAAUCCAACGUAUAUCACUGUUAUAAAUGAUCACUAGUUUGAAAUUUUCAUAUUUUCCCGACUAAAUUAACAAAGUUUAAGACUUGACUUAGUUAAUAAUUUUAAAGUAAGGUAUCGAAUUCGGAUUAACCCAGCCAUUGGAAUGAUGAUCUCAGCGGUCGUCAAUCUUGACAAUGCAAAGGACUGGUUGCGCGGGGCGGAGUGGGUCGGGACGGGGACUCCACACUGCAGGGUUUGUGCGAUUCACGCCGCAUGCCGCGGGCCGCGGCUGGCUCGACCCGUCAGUACGACAUUUGUCCGCUCCGUGCGCGGCGCGCGCGCCUCUUCUCUACACCGACUUCGACAUUCCUCAAAUUUUUUUCUAGUCAAAAUGUAGUUUUGUGUUCGUAUUCAUUGAAAUUAUCAGUUUCAGUAGUAAUUACAAAAAAUUUGAUUAGUUUUACAUUCGUUACUCGCUACGGUCCAAAGAACAAUGCUGUGGGAAAAAAUAACGUUCAGCUGGCAUCGACAGUCGUUCCCAGCUACCUACCUAAGCUCUCUCCCCCCUCGUGCCGGGUGCCGGGUUCAAUGCGCCUCUCUGCGUUUAUUCAUCGUUUGUGGGAAAAGUUGACCCCUGUUUUAAAAAAUAUUGUUAACGAAUUCUCACGAUCCGUGUUGUUGCUGAGACAGCAUCUUAGAUUACCGUACUUAGCGUAUUUCGUGAUACGAAAUCUUAUAUCCUAAGUGUGAUACUAAAUCGCUGCAGGUGUCGCAGUGUUAAAUCAUUCAAGUGAUAGUGAUGAUUACGAAGUUUCAAUGUAAAGCGCCGAUAAGCAUAUUAUUUUUAUACGCAAGACGACAAGGUUGAAGUGACAUUAGACUAAAAUAAUUUGCUUUUAGCUUUACUAUGUUUGUUCAGUUCUAUCACCGUCAAAAUUUUUAUCUUGUUAUGGCACGGAUACUAUAUCAAAAGAGGAAUAGGACUAAUUUUAUUACGUACUGUUUAUAGUGUUCAGUAAAAAUCAUAGCUAUUGUGUUAAAGACGUUAUUAUUGAACAGAUGAAGUGUAGUGAAGAUUUUUGAUUACGUACUCGUGUUUGUGGGCAGCGCUGAUUCCGGAUGUUACAGUGAAUUAUGUAUGAGUGAAGUGUUUAUCUGGAAGUCGUCUCAGAAUCCAAGUCAGAGAUGGGGAACCAAGGCUCGUCACCGCACGAGCCUCUAGAUCGUGCACAAAUCCCGACUAAUGCUGACUUCAAAAUGAAGUCAUCGGUCCGGAGCUCAUUCCGGCGGGCGCGCGCAGGCGGCGCCUUGUCGCCGCCGCGUGCCGGCAUGGAGCGGCUGCGGCGGUCGUUCCGCGAGUCGUUUCGCCGCCGCAAGGGCUCACCGCCGGAGUCCGCGCGUCCGCAUCAAUGGCACGCGGACGAGGCGGCCGUGCGCGCCGGCACCUGCACCUUCCCGGUCAAGUAUCUCGGCUGCGUCGAGGUGUUCGAGUCGAGGGGCAUGCAAAAUUCGCGUCGUCGCCCCGUCAGAGCAGUGCUUCACGUCAGCGGCGACGGUUUAAGAGUCGUGGAAGAAGAGACUAAAGGACUGAUCGUCGAUCAAACUAUCGAGAAGGUUUCCUUCUGUGCUCCAGACAGAAAUCAUGAGAGAGGAUUCAGCUACAUCUGUCGCGACGGCACUACGCGGCGCUGGAUGUGCCACGGGUUCCUGGCGUCGCGCGACAGCGGCGAGCGGCUGUCCCACGCGGUGGGUUGCGCGUUCGCUGCGUGCCUGGAGCGCAAACAGCGCCGCGACAAGGAGUGCGCCGUCUCCAUGAGCAUCGACGCCGCCAGCCACGCCUUCACUAGGCAGGGCUCGUUCCGCAAGUCGGAUUGCGCACUGACUGAUGAGGAGGACAACGCAAUCGAUACUGAUUUCGAAGGUAUCGGUCGUCGCGCGUCAGAGGCGGACGCGUCGCCCGCUCCCUCGGUGCCGGCGGUUCCGUCAGUUCCGGCGGUGUCGGCUGUGCCGGCGGUUUUGGCGCCGCGGCCCACGCCACACAACCCCUUCGCGGUGGAGCGGCCGCACGCCGCGCCGCAUCUACUCGAGCGGCAGGGCUCGUUCAGGGGGUUCGCGCACCUCAACAACAGCGCAUCAAAAGACCCUGUGGCUAUGAGCGCAUCAGAAGACCCGGUGGCCGCGAUGUGCCAGCAGCUGUCGCUAGGCCUGCGCGCAUUGGCCGAGGCCGAAGAACCUUCGCAAACGUCGCCGCAGAUGGCGCUAGUAGCACCCGUCGCGCCAGUCGCGGCCACGGCGCUGCCGCAUCCGGACGCGUGGCUGGGCCGCGUGGCGCGCGCUCCUCCACUCGCUGCAGCCGGACGCGCCGCUAGCUACGCCGGACACCAUUCUACCAAUCCUUUCCUUACGCCUGCACCCACGCCCAUGUAAGACCCUUACGUGCCUAAGUUAAAAAGAUGUUUGAAUUUCGAACACGUC